CGCCGGCAGAGCUGCAGCUAUCAGCUUCUUGGAAUACAAUCAUGAAAUUGCUUCAGGAUUCAGAGGACGCAAAGGCCGACAGAAAGAGUCUCAAACCUCAGGUGGAGAGACGUCGAAGGGAGCGAAUGAACCGCAGCCUGGAGAGCCUGAAGACUCUUUUGCUACAGCAACAGGAAGCGUCUCGGCGCAGAGUGGAGAAAGCUGAGAUACUCGAGCACACAGUCCUCUUCCUGCAGGACACUGCUGAAAGAAACAAGAUGAGGGCUGAAGGCGGGGGUGGUGGUGGAGGUCAGAAACACUCUUUCCAAGACGGCUUCUCCACCUGCCUGCAGAGAGCUGCUCAGUUCCUGGGACCUGAGGGGAAAGGCCUGUGGCUCGGAGCAGCACUGGAUGCGUCUCUUUCCGCUCGCUUUUCCCGCUCAGACACCGACCCUGCAGGUGUCCAAAGGAGAACCAAAGGAGCCCGUUCAGACUCUGAUUCUGCAUGUGCCCAAAGAAGAACCGAAGCUCGUUCCUCCUCCGGCUCACUUCUUCUCAGGAAGUCCUCCAGGUCCAUUCUUCGGUUGCUGAUACAGAGAUCCGGGCUCAGACUGUGCACGCCUGCCCUCACCACCGUACCACGUUGUGUUCAGACCCGUGGGGAAUCGCAUAGCUCUGCCACAUCAACUCCCCAACAGCCGCACGAAGUGGCGAGUCAAAUGACCAAACAGAGCCCGUCCCAGAGCCAACAGGUCAGCCAGUCAAUGUGGAGGCCGUGGCCCUGAUCACCACGCAGUGACUUCAGAAAAUUAACUUUUAAUGACUCUAAUAUGCUGAGUUAUAUGCACAAAAUGAGAGCAUGCGUUUACAAGGACAUUUCCCACGUGCAAUCUAUUGAACUCGGGCCUCCUGCUUUCUGUAAAGUCUGAUCCAUUUGUUGAUAUUGUAAAUCUAUUGUG